UUUGCUGAUGUUGAGUGACAACUCUGAAAAAUCAGCUGUUGCGCUGCAAACUGUGGGUGAAAAAUGCAAGCGGAUAAGACCAAUGUUUUUCGAUUAAAAUAAGGAACUAAGAACUCAGACAACAUGCCUAUCAUGUACAAUACGGGGGAGUGGUUCAAGGUGCGACCGGACUACUACAGAAAAGUGGAACUGGCUACGCCCGAUUGGCCGCUGGACCUGGACUUGGAGUAUAUGUGGGUGGAAGUGGCUCCCUAUGGAGGACCACUGGCGGUCACGCGUGAUCCCACGAAAUUGGUGCCGGUUAAGGGUACCGCCAGACCAAUGAUUCGCAUCUUUGACACCACCGGCAGGGAAAUGGGUCACAUAUUGUGGAACCAUGGCAAACUUAUUGCAAUGGGCUGGUCAGACAUGGAGGAGCUUAUCUGCAUCCAGGAGAACGCCACCGUCUUUGUGUACGACAUGUUUGGUCGGGAAAAGGAGUCCUACAGCAUCGGCGAUGAGGCCAGUGUCACAAAGAUUGUAGAGGGCAAGGUGUUCCAGUCCUCAGCUGGCACAGGAGUGGCUGUAAUGACCACAUCCGGUCGGGUUUUUCUCAAACAGAACAGCAGCAAGACUGAAAGAAAGCUGCCGGAUAUUCCCAAUUCCAGCAUGAACUGUUCCUGCUGGGAGAUCGUAACCGAGGGACGCAACAGCUACUGUCUGCUGGGAAGGGAUCGAGAGGUCAUAAAGCUGUUUCCAGGCGAAACUGUGGGAACUAUUACCGCCAAUCUCUUUGAGAAACCGCACGAGCGAAUCAUAAAGAUAUCUGUGUCGUACAACCACCAGCACCUGGCCCUGUACACCAACACCGGUCUUCUUUGGCUGGGAAGCGUAGAUAUGCGGCAAAAGUAUUGUGAAUUCGACACCGGACGUAAAGAUAUGCCCCUACAAAUGGAGUGGAUCAUGAACUCUGACAACAGCGUGGCGGAUGCGGUGGUCAUUUCAUAUCCAUCAUACCUCUUAAUUGUAAAUCGCAACGCUGAUCGCAGUGACUUUCCCUACGAUCCGGUGAUGUUCCUUGUGGCUGAAAUGGAUGGUGUUCGCAUAAUUACUCAGAGUUCGCAUGAGAUAAUACAGCGCCUGCCAAAAUGCGUUGAGAACAUAUUUGCAGUGAACAGCCAGGAACCGGCUAGCUAUCUCUUUGAGGCGCAGAAAAAGUUUGAGGAGAAGUCCUACAAGUCGGAUGAGUAUCUCAGCAUGUGUCGGGAAAAGAUCGAUCUGGCAGUGUCCGAAUGUAUAGAGGCGGCUUCAUAUGAGUUUUGUCCGGAAACUCAAAAGAGCUUGCUCAGGACGGCCUACUUUGGCAAAGGCUUUAUUCGAAACCACAAUCCCGAUGAAUAUAUGCGAAUUAUGCGAAUACUAAGGGUUCUUAACACCUUGCGGCAUGAGCGAAUCGCCAUGCCCAUCACCUUCAAACAAUUCUCACAUCUUAAUACCGAGGUAAUACUCAGUCGUUUGGUAUUCCGCAAACACUAUGCUAUUGCGAUACAAGUGGCCAAGCAUUUAAAUCUGCCCGAAUCCUGGAUCUUGGAACACUGGGCUUACCAUAAAGUGAUGAAUGAUCCCAAUGAUACUGAAGUGGCACGUAAGAUAACUGAAAAGUUCAAGAAUCCGUCGGUCGAGGGAAUUUCGUUCUGCAAUAUUGCAUCAAAGGCGCAUCAAGCUGGACGAGAUGACCUGGCCAUUAAGCUGCUAGAGCUCGAGUCGCGUGCUUCGCUUCACGUACCACUACUUCUGAAGAUGCGCAAGUUUGAUCGGGCGGUGGGCAGUGCCACACAGUCCGGCGAUACAGAGUUGAUAACCCAAGUGCUCCUGGAGAUGAAAAUGCACAUGAUGCUGUCCAAUUUGCACAUGACAAUUAGGGACCAUCCACUGGCUCUAAACAUAUACAAAAAGAUAAUGCGGGAAUCCAACAGAGCUGGACUCUAUGGCAUUUACAACACCGAGGACGACCAAAAGGCAAUCGCUGAGUAUCACUUUCAGAAUGCCAUUGAAACUGAAGGCUUGGAGUCGAAUCUUUCGAUGAUUGGAAACGCCUAUGCCCAGGGCCGUUGCACGUUGGAAGCGGAGCUUUGUGCGGAUACCAGCCGAUUGAUCAAACUGCAAAAGACUCUAAGCACCAAGUAUAAUGUUAGUUUAAGCGGCUUAUCAAUACAUGAGACCAUCCAUGAAUUGCUGCUGAUCGGCGAACUGAAAGAGGCAGAGCGAAUCAGAAGCGAUUUUAAAGUGCCCGAUCGGCGGUUCUGGUGGCUGCGAAUCCUCACACUUUCUAGUCAACACAAGUGGGAGGAGUUGGAUAAGUUAGCCAAAAGUAAAAAGAGCCCCAUUGGCUACGAUCCCUUUGUCGAGGUCUGCUUAAAACAGGACAAUGUAAUGGAGGCGCGAAAGUAUAUACCAAGGUGUCGGGACAAUCGCCGGGUCAUCUGGUAUAUGCGAGCAAACCUAUUUAACGAAGCCAUAGAUUCCGCCUUCGAGCAGCGUGAUGUGCACAGUCUGUUUGAGUUGCAAAAGAACCAGGCGAUCGUUAACAAUGGCACACUGUUGAGCAAAGUUUGCGAUUGCAUUGCCAUGCUGGAGGGAAAGUAGUCGAAACAUUCCUAUUCAUAAACAAAUAUUCAUGUCUAUUCGAAUAGCACUAAUAAGCUUAUUCGGUAUUGUCGAUCAGGACGUGCGCUUGAUAAAAGUAAUUAUGCUUGUAAUAAAUAUAAAUUAUUUUGUAAAUAAAAUCCAAAAAUGCA